AUGAAUAAUGUGGACGGUUUCGACCCACGAGGAAACAUCAAGGUGCUGAUGGCAACCAACAGACCUAAUACCCUUGACCCUGCCUUGUUGCUACCGAGUCGUUUGGAUAGACGUGUAGAAUUCGGUUUACCAGAUUUGGAGAUUCACGCAAAAAGCACGAGUGUCGAGCGUGACUUUCGUUACGAACUUAUUGCACGAUUGUGUCCGAACGCAACGGGUGCUGAAUUGCGAAGUGUCUGUACAGAAGCCGGUAUGUUUGCCAUCCGUGCAAGAAGAAAGGUGGCCACCGAAAAGGACUUUUUGGAAGCGGUCAACAAGGUUAUCAAGGGUUAUCAAAAGUUCUCCAGUACUCCCAAGUAUCUUAUGUGGAAUUAG